UCUCAUCUCUCUCUAAGUUACAUUAAUUCUUCUUCUUCUUCUAUACUACAGCCAGCCAUGUCUACGGUUGUCUAUGAAGGCGUACACACUAAUUAUCGCCAUGAAUCUCAAUUCAUAGAAACAAGAACCCUCACCCUCAAGCUAUCAUCACCCCUAUCUGAAAAUCGUCAUACCCGAUUCACCCAAAAUGAAAGAAACGCCAUUGAUGAUUCCCCACGAGCCUGCUGGGAUUUCAGAAAUUCUCUCUACAAUUCUUCUCAAGAUCCCAAAUUUGACAAAGAAACCUCUUCCUACGUCCCACCCACAACAAACAAAUCUCUCUCCAUCAAAGUAUGCCUAGAAUUGUGCACAGAGAAUCUCGGAAGCGAAUCUGGGUCCGACUCAUCCGACCAUUCUAUUCUCUCUCUACUGACGUCUGAUUUCGACGACAGAUCAGAGAAGAAAUGUGCGGUAGAUAUUGAGCGGCCAAAACAGAGGAAGAUGCAGGGUUGUGUUUCUAGAAGCUUCCCACCUCCAUUGACUACGAUGAGAGGGUCUAAUCCUAUACGGGUUCGACCAAAACGGGAAGAUGGUAGAUUGGUAAUUGAAGCCGUGGAGGAGCCGGCGGCGUGUAACUAUUUUAGGUCGGAGAGAAGCCAUGGUCGUCUGAGACUCUGUUUCUGGGAUGAUGAAGAACAAGUGGAACAAGAACAAGAAGACGAAGAAAAUGAAGGAAUUUGUGAUCAAGAGGAGGAAGAUGAUGAUGAUGAAGAAGAAGAAGAUGAAGACGAAGAAGAAGGGAUGAUGAGUAUGGACAUGAUUGAGAAUAAUUUGAAUGGUGGGGUUGAAAUUGGAAACCAGAAAUUUCAAAGGAGAAGUAGGUGCAAGGAAGGUGGUAGCUGUAAUAGCAAAGGAUUAUGUAAUUGGGAGCCAUUCUUGGUAGCUACUUGAGGACAAUGAAGAGACAAUUCCUCCGUUUUUUUUAUAUUUCCUUUUUCACCCUUGUGUUUUUUCACUUUUAGGGUUUCCUUUUAAUUCUAUUCCUCUGUUUUUUUAAUUAUGAUUUCAUUGACAUUCAAUAGUCUUAUUUAA